AAUUUUACACUUAACUGGCAGACGUAAAAUUGGAUCGAGUCAUGGCAACAAUCACCGAAAGAAUCAGUCGUAACUACAACACCAAUGCAAGCAAAUUGUUCAGAUAUUAUAAAAUGCCCUUUUAGAUCGUGACAUUUCGGUCAAAGAUUGACAUUAAACCUGUUUUAUUACGAUUUCUUAUUGUUUUGAAAACGUUGAUUGUUCAUUUAUAAGUUUACUUGUUAAGUGCAAUGUUGUUGUAUUUUCCAAAAUUGACUCGAAUUUAAUGUUGAACAUUUCCCAUAAACUGUUGAGUCAUAUUUUAGUUAAACAUAAUUAUGUUUUUUUUCGUUCCUAAUGGCAUGGCCUUAUAUCUUUUUAGUACUUAGAAAAAAAUAUAUAUUUAUUAAAAAUUUUCAGUAAUUAUGCAAGUACUAUUUAAAUAAACGACGCAGCAUUGCACGGAAAUUAAAGCAUUCUAAAAGUAAACGGCGGAUUGAGGAUGCAAAUUGGCAUUUUUGGACAGGGAUGUCAAACUCAUUUUGAUUCAUGUGCUAGUUUGCAUGUUGAAGAAAUAUUAUUGCUUUCUGCUUUCUCAUUAGAUUGCAGGACGAUGCCUAAAUAUAAACAUGAAUUCAAUCAACCUGAAUGUUUACACAAAUUCAGUAUUGUUCACAUGUGACAAACUCAUUCAAGUGCAUUGCUUCAAUGGUACCUGGAGUGAUAUCUAGUCCAAGAACAUUAGUAAUUCUCUAAAAAAAUAAAUGCAUACACAGAAGGUAGGGAAAACAUUUUUAUGGAUAACCGUUUAAAAAAUCGCUUAAAAAUCGUAAUGCAUUACCAGAGAAAAAAGGAAAGUUAAUCCUACAACUGUCAAUUUUAAACGGUCAAACUGCUCCGCGAUUCAUCAUACGGGGAAAUUCGUGCUACGCGGGUUUUUGAGGAUAUUGGGAAAAAAAUACCUGAUGAAAAUUUCAAACCAAUUUGUUCACAAGAUUUCAAGAAAUUCUUUGUACCGAUUUGUAAUUCAUUAAUUUGUGAAAAACGAGUUAAAUUGGACAUAUGCAUUUUCGCAGGGACCGACGAAUUUACUUCUUGCGGACUGUAACGUCGUUAUUUGUCGGUAUGUUGAUUUAUCAUUUUUGCCAGAUAUUCCUGAUACCAUAAGCUUCGAGAAAAUACAACAACACAGUUUUCAUUUUUUUAACUUGUUGACUGUAUAACUCGCCUCGAAUGGAUGCACAAUUUCCUCUAUGGAAGUGUUCCAUGGACCUUGGACGCCUGUUGCGGUGUUUGUCAGCUUCACAUGUGCGUCAAAUCAUAACCCCGCGGAGCAAACGCAGAGGAUCUAUUUUCCUUCGAUCAGGAUAAUACUUUGCAGCGAGUUGAUUAGCGCAUACGUGCGAAGAAGCUAAGGUCAUUGAACCAGAACGGUGCGGGUGGGAAAAAUGCUCCAAAAUGGAGAAAUAUGUUGUCUGUUGCCAAAAUUCAACGCUCGGAAAAAUAUUUCUUUUCGUAAAUUGCCACACUGCGUGACGACACGUGCGUUUUUUUUCUUGGAGAAUGCUUCGAAGCGCCACUUUGUGUGUGUAGGCUUAUUUGCGUUCCGAGAAUCAAAGGGCAUUGAUCAUUGGUACCUCUUCGCCCGCCACGGUUGGCUACCGUGUGCAAUAGAGCAUUGGCCCCAUAUGUGCUGUGCUCGCAUGUAUGGGCUCGUAAGUGGACGGAUACAUCGUGAGGAAUUUUGGGCGACAACCGGUGCGUAAAUUGUUCUCGGAAGUAUGCAUCGUAAAGCGGAUGGUAAAUUGAAGUAACGACAAAAAAGUGACAAAUAAACUCCUCGUGCUGUCGGUGUGUAUGUGCGAACAGGGGUCUACAGCAUUCGGCAAUGUCAUUACAUGGUUUGCUUCAGUGAUCCAAUUUCACUCAAUGACGAUUUGAAAUAAUCUACUGACGCCUUUUGACGUAUAAGAAUUCGCUCGCAUUCGUAUACCAAUUUUCAUCUUUUGGAGUCAUUGCACCAUGGGCCGUAUGCGAAACAUCGUUUGAAGCACAUAAUCAAUGUCAAUUACUAAACCAUAACGAAAAAAUAUCUCCGGAAAUGUACGGCGCCUUGGAACGGAAAUUUGUUUUGCUUUUGAUUUGUUUGUUUACAGUAUUUUUUGUGUGCGUUUGACCGUGUUUGGCUUCUUCAACUCAUUAUUACUCGCAUCCUGCGUCACGGAAAUGCUAUUAUCGGUGAUGUUUUGUUAAUGUCGUGAACCCUCGCGCAAUGCGCUUUCGCCCCAAAAAUCUACCAUCGGUCGCAUCCACGUCGAAUCAGUGUGUUGAUAAACAACUCAUCUUUUGAUCUAUUAUUAUCUCGAUUUCAUUUCACCACUUUUCCGUAUCCUUACUGUCACACGGUUCGUUGCACCCCCCUCGCUCAUCCCUCGUUCGUUUCGAUCGACCAUAGGGCGGGUAGUAGCUUAAUUAAACGUAUCCAUUUUUUGUGUAUAAUAGCAAGUUAUCGUCAUCCGGUGUGGCCGGUCUUUCGUUUUGCCGCCUUUUGUCAGUAGUAUCCUUUUUGCACCCUGACAUUUUUCACAGACAAACUUGUCAAACACGUCAAAAUAUACGUGUAAUCAGACACGCUCUCGGUGCAACGGUGAAAACCUCCGUGCACGGCGAGACGCGACCGAGAUUUUCCCCGUUGUUGUAACCUUGAAUAGGGGUCGGGGUUUACCGUUUACCGCGCUACUUGAAUCGUACGGUCAGGGCAAACUGGUAGCGGCACAAUUAAAUGUAUCACUUUUAGUCUAGCGCCGCCAUGCCUGUGUACGGGAUGUGGUGGCACAGCCAUAAUCCCACCUUCUGCUCUUUCCCACUUACUCAUUAUCUCGUCAAGUGGGUUUUUGGCGAGCCCUCGGCCGGGGGUUGCCACCGGGCGAAGGAAGCCAUUGAAGGAUGCGUUAAAGAAAGCAAGCAUCACAAAUUAACAGCCAUUCCUCCUCUUCCCUAUCGGGGUGGUUGGUCACCCCCCGCAGUAAGAUAAUCAUCAACAGCCGUUUCGGCUGUUUUUGGGCUGGUUUGUGUAAUGCUCACGACUAGCUGAUUACUAGGUGGCGUACCAACCGGUGUGUGCUGGCUGGUGUGGUAAUUGGGGUGAAAUUGAUACGGUUUCACCUUCCCUAUCGUAACGUGUCCUACAGCUCACCGGUCCUCAGAGUUGCUUUUCUCAGCAAGUCUACUUUCUUCAGUGGAAAUCACGUGCCAUGCCCUGUCAUCGGGCCGUUACAAGCUAGAAAAUCCUGAGACUAAAAUCGGUUUUUGCAACUUUCGAUCGUAAAAGGAUGACUUUGGCUGUGACAAAGAAGUUCGUAUCCACUGGGAGCGUGUUUUGUCUUUAUAUCCUUCGCUCGGGCCGAUCAUCGUCUUACCGUAAUGCGUCCAGAAGAUGUGUGUUGCGACACAAUCAAAAAGAAAAAAAAAACAACAUUUCUCCUCACACACUCUUUGAAUCGCUCUUCCUUGUUUCGUACAAUAUCAAAAAAGCAUCCAGGAAUAACCAUCACCGGUUGCGGCAUCAAGACGAUAACGAAUGGUACGCGCUUUCUCUACCACGCGCGCCAAAGAGAUCCCGAACCUAAUUAAAACUCUUAACUAACAGAUCUUGCCGCGCGAAGCGAGACACGAUCCGGGCUAAGUAGCAUCGAUGUAAAGUUUUAUCUUCUUGAUCUAAAUUUAUUUGAUGGAUGAGAGAUGAUACUGCUGAUGGGAAGGUUUGCUCCCAUCCCAUUUCCAGAGGAACAUUUUGUAGCAAGUGUGGCAAGUUUUUCGCCGAGCGGUUGUGGUCUUGCCGGUUCAUAAUAAGCGUGCAAGCGUAUCGUGUUAGCGAGCGAGAGUGGAAAUUAGUUUUGCUGGAAAUUAUCGAAUCCGGAUUUCAUUUAUCCUUGUUACGGGGAAAAGUGGCAGUUCUUAGCACUGCUGCCAAUUUUCCGACGUUUUGUGUGGCUGGUUUCUUUUGAAUGUUCGAGAGUUGGUCAUGCGUUGUGUUCACGUGUGUUUUUGUGUACGCUUGCGGGGGUAGUUAUAGAUACAUGUUGGGCAAUGUAUAAAUAGUUUGAAAAGUUUUAUGCAACACUUCUAUGGACAGCGGCAUCUAAGAUAUAAUUUUACAAUACGCAGUGAUGCAUGAAAUAUGAAAUUAGCGCUUUUUAAUGAUGAAUAUUCCAAGGAUAUAUAAUUCCGUUUGGCAUGCAGGAAUAAUAGCUCCUUUUUCCUACAAAAAUAUAUUAUAAUCAUUUUACCUACAAAAGAAAAUAUUGGAAUUAAAAUUGUUGACAAUUGUUUGUCUGUUUGUUCCUAACCAAAUUGGAAAUAAUAUCCAAAUCAAUACUUUCCCUGCAGUCCAUCAAUAGUUUUACGCGCACUUCAUCGAAUUGUGUAUAAAACGACUUGUAGCGAUAUGUAACAAUUGAUAGUUUUACAGUACCAGCGUAAGCGAUCACCUCCUGUCUAUCCUUCAAUGAGUUUAUUAUCCUUUUUCCCAUUCAGAACAUAGGUCAAAUCAUACCAGGAGAAGGUAAAAAAAAAAGAUUCAGCAAAAGCCUUUCAGCUGGAUCGCUGCCGUGUUGUUGUGCUCGAAACCGAUCCGAGUUUCGAUCAAAACAAAAAAAAGGCACCAGCCAUCAUGUGAAGGAGAAAAACAGGCAAAAGUUGCUGCAUCCCGUGUGCGCUUCAUUCGAUAAGCACUGCAUCGAGGUGUAGUGAAGCGAAUGUAAUCCUGAAAUAAUUAGUCUUGAUUGGAAGAAUUAUCCCUCCGCCGCUCGGUGGGACUUCGUCGGCGUAGUCCUUCGUCCGGAUCGCGCUCGAUGCGACCGCACCGGGGAGGACCGGACAACGCAAAAGGGAUCGGAAAAAAACCGCUCUUAGUCCCGUAAAACGGGAGACUCAUCGUUCCACCGGUAAAGCACAAGCCGGGAAAGAAACCGAGCCAGGGUAUCACUUUUGGCGUGCACUUAAUAAUGGGAGGAUUAACAACUCGAAAAUUAUAUCGUACCUAUAUCGUGCGAUCACUCUUGACUGCUGUAGUUGAAUUGAUUUUUUUUGUACCUUUUGAUAUCUUUACAAGCAUAUGAAGCGUUUCCCCGUUGGCUUGUCUGUUUUGCACUGAGUGCGUUUUCCAUGCUCGGAAAAAAGGGGGAAAACACACACACACACACCCGACCAGCCGUACACCGAAGCCGAGAUGAAGGUGUACGACAGCAUGAAACAUAUGCCUGGUCUUUGGAAGCUGUUGGACAACAUUUGCGCCUCAAUUAAUUAGGAUUACGCAGCGGGUACUGGGGUGCGUGUGUGUGUGCGCUUACCUUUUUUGCAACGAUAACCGUACAAAAGAAAAAGGGUGCUUACGAUGGUGAAGGGAGACAAAUAAAUAGAUAAAAAUAAUAACAACAACAAAGCAAAGGGAUCGGUGAAGAGGGCGCAUCAUUUGUGUCCGAUUUACGCCGGGAGUUUCAGUGCUGCCACCACCUGUACGAUUAGUGGGACAAUGCUCACGAAGUUUUGCGAGUACCACCCAGUACGCCGUGUGCCCGGUCGGCGGUACGGAAUGGGCUCGGGUUAUGCAACACGUGCCUUAGCGCUUGCACGUGCAUCCAACGGGUAAUUGAUACUCGCACGCUCAGGUGAUUCAAGCAGUGAGGAAUUCACGCACCAAUCGAAUUUUGUUGUUGUUGGCCAGUUUGCAAAGAUUUCUGACAGUGUACCACAUGUUUUAUGUCGUCAUCCUGGUGGUUUCGUCAAAUUAUUUAUUUGAUUCGUUCGAAUCCAUCGAACAGUUGCGAUUGAUAAAGAUUUAAUCAUUUUUCUUAUUAAACAAAUAAAAAAGAGAAACUCGAAUAAAUCGGGGUUUCACGUCACGAAAGCAUUUUUCUCAGUGCGGCAAAAUACGAUGAUUCGCUCUCUGAUGAUGCUAUCGAACAUGGCGCGCAACAGGUGUAUCGUUUCCCAUAGGCAAAAAAAAAACGGAUCGAUAUCUGAGCCGAUCGGUUCGUUCCGAAUAGCACCAUCCAUUGUGUGAUGAUGUUUAUCGCAAAACUUUAAAAGCGAAGCACACAAUUGGCAUCGAUCGAGAACGGAUUUUGGGCGAAGAUAUUGAACAAGCGUUAUAAUCGUGAGCACUUGUUCCGUUUCACAGUGUUUUGCGCAUUGUUUCGUUUAUCUCUUCAUGGCAAGCAUUGCAUUUUUUGUAUGUUUGUUUAUCUUUAAAAUUAUUACAACAAAGAGUAAAAACUGCUUUUUCUCUUUCUCUUCGGACGGAACGAAAAUACCCAUCAGUGCAAUAAAUGUUAGUAAUUUGCAAAGCAUCCAAAGUUUAAUCGUUGACCACGUUAACAAGUUGGAAAUUUAUUUGGGAGAUUCCGGAUAAGUUCAACAAGGCUUUGAUCUUCCUGCCGUACACAUCAAAUUAGUUCUAUUUGACCUUUUUGCUAUGUUCAACUUUGACCAGUGCACCAUCAUGGCUUGGUGUUUUGUAAUAGUUUUGAGUGGUUUUAAACAAUCUCAAAGCCUCUACAUUUGCUGUUGAGAAGAGGUAUGAAUUUCCAAAAUUAAACAUCCAACCAUCCGUAAUUUAUUUAUACGGUGAGUAUUUAAAAAAACACACACACAACAACCACCGGAUGUAAUAAUUGCAUUCCGCUAUUAAUAUGAAACAUUUUUCCCGUUAUGGCAUAACAGUCAACCACACGAUAGCGUCUCUGUUGCAUAUCUUUUGCUACAUCCCUUGUCGUGUCUGUUUAAUACCUGACCAGUACUAAAUUUCCAGUAUUUGCUCCAGCUAUUUUGCUCUUCACCUAAUAGCCAGGAUAACCAGCGUGCCGUGGGGGGGAGGUAGAAGAAUUGUGUCCGUUUGUUCAACCACUUGCUGCAACCCAUCCCAACGAAAUAUUUAACUUCAAAACAAGUGCGUUUUUGUUUUUGAUGUUCAUGUGUGUGUGUGUGUGUGUUUGGUCUUAUCUGUCGAAAGGUUCCAUCCGGAAUGGAAUCUUGAACAUAUCACCGUGAUGCUGUAGGUACGAUGAACUCUCCCUUCCCCAUGUUCUGCCACCCGUCAAACAUGAUGGUGUUUUUCGUAGUCGUACACAUGGCAGGUGUGUGCCUCGUUUAUACACCGUUGUUCUUGAAUGUCUGGGUCGUCUGUGUGUAGCGCCCUGAAGUUACAACCAAACAGGAUGAAUCGACAACCCAUCUGCCAAGCAAAGAGCAACCGACAGCGAGAUGACGGCCAUCAUCCUCCCUGUCACGGAUUUCCACCAUCCGUUUGCCGUACUUCCCGGCUGUAACGGACAUGCGCGCCUGCUAGAAUGCACUGACAUCGAAUGGGAAAAAUCCUGAGCUUCUCUCUCUCUCUCUCUUUCUCCCUCAUUACAUUCGUGACCCCCCGCCAUAAGGUACACUGGCACGCAUCUCUUUUGUGCGUUACGGGGCGGAGCCUAACCAUGCCAGGAUCAAGAUUGCAUCCUGCGCUUAAGGAUACGUACCGCGGUGCCUCUCCGUGCACAUUGCCCGAUUGUUACGCCCAUUUUACAUCUUCCAGCUUCGGGAUUGUAAAGUUUAUGGCGGAAGUACACCGUUUUAAGCACGAACGUUAUCAACAUUUCGAGGUGCAGGACUCUUGGAGAUGAUUCCUCAAGGUCGUCAAACAUUGAAAUCUUGAUCUGGUAGGCAUCGUGCACCGGAGGCCACAGCAUCCGAUUGAAACCAGGUUGGUGAGAAAUCAAUCACCCGCGCUCACAAUUAGCGGUAUCCGGUGUCCUUUCCGUUUUUCUCUGCUGAAGAUUCGAUUAAAAUAUGGCUAAUCGUUAAGGCAAGUGUUUCUUGGGCAUGAAUAUGAAACUGAAUAUCGCUGAUCUGGAAGAUCGGCUUUUGGUCAAAUUUAUUGGCUUCUUUUUGUGACAUUCGCUGUGGCCACACCUACCGACCAUGUCCUUUUUUGCAUAGCAAGUUCAUAAUUCCAUUGCAUCGUUGCAAGGAACUAUUCUGGAAUAAAGGAGCUAUUUUACUGUCGAUAUCGUCUGGUAUUAUGGCUGAAGUUGCAACAGCAUUCCUCAAAUCGUCCUAAAUUUCGCAAACAUUCCCUCGAUGGUAGAGUCAGCUUACUGCCAUAUUCUUUGUAUUUGCCACUGUUUAUCAACCAGACUUGUGAACACUAGAAACAACCAGAACCAAAUCGGAAGUUGUUGUUGAUCGUUUCAAAUUCGCAUGUGGAUAUAGGGAUGCGGAAGGGAUUGUCACUCGAACGCAGUGUCUGACGAAUAGCACAGAGAAAGAGAAGAAAAGAACAAGAGGGAGUGAAAGGGAGAGAUAGAAUUAGACAAGGAAAGCGUGUACCAUGUGCAUCGGGAAACAGAUAGCAAAAGUUAGGGGAAGAGUCAACGAAUGAGUAAAAAGGCGAGAAAAUGUUGCGGCUGCGGAUGCUGCCUUUGGCUGGCUUUUGGGUGAGAGGGCGUGCGUGCGUGGUGGUUGAGUUUGGUAAAGCGGAAAAGAUGUGCCGGAAAAGUCCUGACGCGCGCGGUGCACCAGGGGAUAGAUUUCGGUAUCGAAUUCAGUUCAUUCUACACCGUCGCGUCAGUCGUGGCCCGUUGCUAAGGGUUUGUCGCUGUCGCCAUCGUGGAAAACGUACGCCAGCGGCACAUUCCAGCAGCUACAGGAUAGUCAUCUUAGCCGUGUCAGCUGCUGCUAACGAGUGGCGUAUGAUAUAGUGAAUUGCGUGAAUUGUGAGGUUUCCUGCCGGUGGAGUUGAACGUGAAGUUUGAAAGUUCUUGCAAUUUUAAAGACUGUCACUGCCGAGGAAGGAACCUGUUUUGGAAACCAAUUUUUAAUCAGGCACAGUAAAUCUAAGAAAGGCCAAAACAAGUUACUUUAUUAUUGGAAAACAAACGCAAGAAAUCAAAUUAAUCAAUAUUAUUUGCGGCUAUAGAGGAGAUUCUUUCUAUAGGGUGAUCUACGAGUGACCUUUGACCCUUCGAUGAAGGGGUACAUAUUCGGUACAUUCGUACCACAACGAUAGGCUAGGUCCAGCACCGAUCGAAGAAGAAAAUUCACUUUCACUCUCAGCUGCAGCAGACGGGCAUAAAGGCCGGGUGACGGGAUCGUAGGUGAUGGGCAGGAUCAUCACCGGAAUCGAGUUAUCAAUGAUGGCUGAUAGAGUGCAAUAGAGAAAGUGUGUGUGUGUGUGCGUCUGUAUGUGUGUGUGUGUUGGGAAACAAAAGCGAAUGAAAGUGAGGACGAGAGAGCGAGAGAAGCGUAGUAGUGUUCCGAGAAUGAGCUGGCCCUGAAGAAUUCAUCCCAACGCUUUGCACCAUUACACGUACCGGGGGGGAAAGCCUCCACCUUCAAGAGCGUACCGAUUUCAUUCAGUAUCGAUUUUGUUCGAUUUGCACGUCCCGGAGACGCUUGGCUACUCUACCGGGCCAAUCUUCAAUCCAACCAUCCGUACGCGUCCAUACUCUGCAUACGAAAUCAGGCCACUCGGCAGGAUCGGCGGAAUUCCACCCGCCCGUCUUGAGUGGCUCGAGUAGUCGAGCAGGUGAUGGUGAUGGUGUAACCUACUUUCGGCAGGAUCCCAUGGUAACUUGCUUCCCGAGACGCCAAGGUUCGAUCGGACGUCGAGAAUCCUUGCAGCUAGGAUUACGGAGGCAUUCGGUACCAGCUGGUAACGGGUGGCACACCGGUGCAUUGCUGCAGUUUGCUUGUAGUGGGGCGUGUGUACAUUGUAGUUGAGCACUGUAAGACGAGGAUCCACAGUCAGUCGUCCUUGAGACAAGUACCAAUACCCAACCGCGUGGUAUGAUGUAUGGGUUCCAUUGCAUGAACUUCGAUGUUGACCGACGGCUAUUACAACCAACCGGCUUUUCCAUGGUCAGAAAUAGAUAGUUUAACAUACUGUGUAACAUAACUUCUUCCAGCAGUACGUGCGUGUGUUUGUGUGUGUGUGUGCGUGUGUACAUAUAGAAGAUAUGGAAAGAUUCCAAGAACUGUGACUAGCAGAUAUAUUUUGAUUACCAAAAAGAGGCUGAAGCUACGUUAAAAUAACCGAACAAGCCGGAUUCCGAUGCACUAGAGUGUCACGCAGCGUAUUGUGCCUUGGUUAUUAGCAGCAUACAACGUUUAGAACAAACUGCAACAUCAAUUCCGGCGCCAUGAUGUACAACAGGCGUUGUAACAAUAUGUCCUACUGUGGGAAAUCGUACUCGCUACACAACUCAUUUUCGUCGCCCGAGAGUGUUCAAAAUCAUCACACGUACGUACAGUAUGUCGACUCGGAGAUGUACAACCCUUCCGGCCAGGGACAGUCACAAAUGACUUAUCCCGUGUAUUCCGUGGGAGAUUACGGCACAAAUGGACAGCAACAGCAGCAGCAGCAGCAACAACAAUACUACGCUACGACAGGAAACUACGGUACAGCGGGUACAGGUGCCGGUAACACUCACACCGAUUCCGCCGGUGCUGGCAAUGGUGCUGGUAACGGCUCAGGCACACCGGGAAACGGUCCCAACAGUGUCAACGCGAACGGGACUGUAUCGUCCGGCAAUGGUGGUUCCGCUGGCGGCAAUGCUAAUCAGCAGCAAUACAUUGUUCCCGUUGACGAAGCGGUUCUGCUCGGUACCGGAAACACAUCCGGGACGCAACAGCAACAGUCCGAUUCGUCGCCACAAAACAUGACGGACGUAGCGUCCUACUUGCACGCGCACCAAACAGCGUCGGCGAUAGGUCAGGAGCUUGAUUCCACGCCCAACCUGACCCACGCGGCACGCGUACUGCCCGCCACGGUUAACUGGUUGAUGGAAAACUACGAAACGGCGGAUGGUGUUAGUUUGCCGAGGUCAACCCUGUACAACCACUACAUGUGGCACUGCAACGAGAACAAGCUGGAUGCGGUCAAUGCGGCGAGUUUCGGCAAACUGAUCCGUUCCGUGUUCAGCGGGUUGCGGACACGUCGCCUUGGUACGCGUGGCAACAGCAAGUACCAUUACUACGGCAUCCGCAUUAAACCCACGUCUCCGUUGGUGCAUGCGAUCGAGUGCAAACCGCAGCACGGGUCCGGUGUUAGUGGGUUGAUGGUCAGCCACCAUCAGCAGCUGACCGGCAGCAAUGGACUUAGUGGUGCUGGUGGUGGAGGUGGGGCAAAUGGUGGCGGAGGCACGGGUGGUGCUAACAAUGGGAUGCAUGGCCAUGGUGGAACCGGUGGGAAUCAUGCUAACGGUGGUAUACAUGCUAGUAAUGGCGGUGGUUCCAUGGCCCAUGGAGGAGGUGGUGCAGGACAUUUGCAGCAUGGCGCGGGUGGAGGAGCUGGCAAUGGUGGAGCAGGCACUGGUCACGGCAUGUCGAUGCACCAUGGGCGAAGUGGUAAGAAAAACAAUUUCAAGGCGGAAAUGCCCGAAUCCUGCGCACAGUAUCUCGGUGAUCCAAACGGUGCCAUACCGCAGUUCCCGAUCAUUGAUAUGAUCCACCCACUGCCGGACGAUAUCACGAUGGAGGACGUCGACACGUUGCGCUCGAUCUAUCGCGAACACUGUGAAGCGUUUCUGGACGCAAUACUGAACCUCGACUUCAACAUGAUCGAAUCGCUGUGGCGCGAGUUUUGGCGCGCGGAAAAUAACAACAACAACGGGGACGAAUGUGAGGAGGAGAAGUAUCUGAGCAAGCAGAAGCUGUACCUGCUGACGCAGUGCGAACCGGUGCAGGAGUUUGUGAAGCACGUCGACAUGCAGUUCUACCAGAACAUGGUCGAUGUCCUAAUACCGGACGUGCUGCGACCGAUCCCGACCGGGUUGACGCAGGCAAUUCGCAACUUUGCGAAAAACCUCGAAAACUGGCUGACGUCAGCGAUGGGCGGCUGUCCGGAGCCGAUUGUCGCGAUCAAGCUAACGGCGGUGGCCGCUUUUGGCCAAACGCUGCGCCGCUACACCUCGCUUAAUCACCUGGCCCAGGCGGCCCGUGCCGUGCUGCAGAACGGCACCCAGAUCGCCCAGAUGCUGAGCGAUCUGAACCGGGUUGACUUUCGCAACGUACAGGAGCAGGCCUCCUGGAUCUGUCAGUGCGAUACUGCGAUCGUGCAGCGGCUGGAGAACGAUUUUAAGGCGGCACUGCAGCAACAGAACACACUCGAGCAGUGGGCCGGCUGGUUGCAGAAUGUGGUGGACGAUGCGCUCCAGGAGUACCGCGGUAAACCGAGCUUUGUAAAUGCCGCACGCCAGUUCCUGCUCAAAUGGAGCUUCUACAGCUCGAUGGUGAUCCGCGAUCUGACGCUACGUUCCGCCGGCAGCUUUGGCAGCUUUCAUCUGAUACGCUUGCUGUACGAUGAGUAUAUGUUCUUCAUCAUCGAGCAUAAGGUGGCCAAAGCGACCAACACUACGCCGAUUGCCGUUAUGGGUGAGAAAAUUAACUCCCGUCCCGUGCAAGACGAUCUGGAUCGGAUGCUUUACAACAGCGAGUACGGUAUGGUGAACGUCAAGCUGGAGCCGAACGCUAAGCGGAUGCGCAGUUAGUCAAUUAAAGAUGAAACCCCGUCAGCUGUACUGUAACGCCCUCGGAUUGGCACCGAUUGAAGCAUUCCUUUUUAACACUAUGAACCAUGGAAGAAGGCAAACGCUGCCGUCUGCUGCACUCCUGUUGUGCUUUGCAUUUAGUGCACACCCUUUGGCACCGUUUUUCGCUAGCUUACCCGUACCACUACGCACCCCGGGAACGUACGUCGAUCUGAAUGUCCUGCCAUAUGGUUUCACGUGCGCAGAAAGCACGAAACAUGCGUCCCGAUGAAUGCGGCAAAUAGUGGACGUCCCCGUGAAGUUUUUCGUUUUACGUCAUUCCGUGGUUGAUUUGUUCGGUUCAGGCGGAGAACCAUGGUUUUUAGGUUUAGGUAGGAGCAUUAAACUCUAGCAGGGUUUUUUAGUUAUUUCGAUGAAGAUACAAUUAUUUAUUCUAUGUUUAAGGAUGAUUGUGUGCUUUCCUUAGACGGUCCAGGGCUAAAUGGUGGGAAUCUACAUUAACUUUCUGUUUUGUUCUGUCGGUUAAGUUUACAUUUCACAUUCACCGAGCACAAAAACCGGGGUGACAAAGAUAAAACAAACAGUUGCUAGUGGUACGCGUGAGAGGGCAAUAUUUAUUGAUGAAAAGUAUCGUUAGCAAAAAACAAACAGAAGGCGUCAUCGCCCCUCGGCCUGCUGGUGAGUGGAUUGAACGGAAGUUAGUCAUUGUUAAUCUAUAUAGGCAUGUAACAUUAUUUUCUGCCAUACCACGUAAUGAUGAUUUUGUUCGUGUUAGAAGAACAAAAUGAUAGGUGGCCGGACGGAAAGCGACAGAGGAAGCACAGAAAACGGAUCAUGUUGAACGGUUUUAGAAGCUUCGACAAAAAUUUCGACAACCGCACGCAUGGGUUAGCAUGGUACGGUUUGAAAGAGAAUAUAUAUUUAUCGGACUGUCGUGUUUUCUGCUUCUCAGUUACAUUUGGUUUGUGUAUGCGGUUUAUCAGAAGGUGCAUGAAAAAGAAGUAGGAUACGAACGUCGUAACUUCAAAUGUAUGUUCAACAUGGCGAGCAUAAUUGAUGCUACGAAAUGAUUAACGUACGACAAAGAAGCGACAAAAUUCAAUUUGUACCGAUUAUUAAAUAUGUAUGUGCCUGUAUCCGUCGUGACCAGCUAAAAAAAAUACACACAACAGAAAAAAUUGUAGCAUAUAGCGCGAAACUGCAACAUUUAUAUAUAUAUACAUGAUAUGAAACCACGUAGUAUAUCCACGAGAGCGUGUAAACGUGAAUGUGUGUAAACGUAAGCAGAAUUUAAUUUACCGUGUUGAAGCUACUACAGCGCGCAAAAGGUUGAAUUGUCGAUGGUACGACAGCACACAAAGGACGCAUACAAAUGUUGGCCACGUUUGAGGAACGUUUGAAUAGGUACGUCCGGUACACACGUGGUCGCGGUAUGUGUUGUUUUCGUGGUAACGCUUUAACCCUGAGCUGAGGGAGAGGUAGUUUGUUUUUAAUUUUACGAUUCCUGGGAAUGUACCUGCACGCGUGUAACUAUCAGGCACACGUGCGCACACAUAGCCGGAAUCAACUCUAUCUAGUCGCGAAUGUCACCAAAUACUGCAAGGGUACGUGAAGACAAGGGCCGCCAAUGCCGGUGUAAAACCCGACACAAACAGAUUGCAGGGCGGGCGGGCCGCUUGUCGAGUCAUAGAUUUGUAAGCAUAAUUUACCAAAAAAAAAAUGGGAAGUGAAACAUCAAUUCGUUGAACAUCUUUUUCAACGCUUGCGAAACGUUUUGAGUGCAGUUUCUGGCGCAAUUCCGAACUCCGAAGACACAAAAAAACUGUGCAAUUAUUUUUCGACCCAACAAUUUGAUGCUGCACCGACCGGCGUACAACAGUAGCGAUACGUACGUGUAAUCAGGAUGUAAUGAAGUACAACGCAACAACGCGGCGAAAUGAUUGAAAACCAAUCGUGAAACUAAUUAAAUUACAUAAAACAAAUGGAAUAGAAUUUAUGCAGCAGACUCUGCACGGAAAAAACUUUCUUUUGCAUAGGAUUGUUUGCUCUAGGUUUUGUUCUGCGCCCGCGAUGAUAUAUUUUUUAAAUAAACAGCAAAACAAAAUUCUCGAACGAAACUGCAACAGAAGAUGGAUGGAUGGAUACCUUUGAAAAACUAUUUGAGUGAAAUAAAUUAAAACCGAAGAUGUGUAAACGGA